CUUGGGUUCUUCUCUCCCCAGGGUCAGCUUGCACAGGAGAACCAAGCCCACAGCAGAGUCUCCAUGGAGAUGUGGAGCCUUGUCCCCGACCUCUAACUGCAGAACUGGGAUGUGGAGCUGGAAGUGCCUCCUCCUCUGGGCUGUGCUGGUCACAGCCACGCUCUGCACGGCCAGGCCGGCCCCGACCUUGCCUGAACAAGCCCAGCCCUGGGGAGCCCCCGUGGAAGUGGAGUCCCUCCUGGUCCACCCCGGUGACCUGCUGCAGCUCCGCUGUCGGCUGCGGGACGAUGUGCAGAGCAUCAACUGGCUGCGGGACGGGGUGCAGCUGGUGGAAAGCAACCGCACCCGCAUCACAGGGGAGGAGGUGGAGGUGCGGGACUCCGUGCCCGCCGACUCCGGCCUCUACGCCUGUGUGACCAGCAGCCCCUCGGGCAGCGACACCACCUACUUCUCCGUCAACGUCUCAGAUGCCCUCCCCUCCUCGGAGGACGACGAUGACGAUGAUGACUCCUCUUCAGAGGAGAAAGAGACGGAUAACACCAAACCAAACCGUAUGCCCGUGGCUCCCUACUGGACGUCCCCAGAAAAGAUGGAAAAGAAAUUGCACGCAGUGCCAGCUGCCAAGACAGUGAAGUUCAAAUGCCCCUCCAGUGGGACUCCCAACCCCACCCUGCGCUGGCUGAAAAAUGGCAAGGAAUUCAAACCUGACCACAGGAUCGGAGGCUACAAGGUCCGUUAUGCCACCUGGAGCAUCAUAAUGGAUUCAGUGGUGCCUUCAGAUAAAGGCAACUACACCUGCAUCGUGGAGAACGAAUACGGUAGCAUCAACCACACCUACCAGCUGGACGUCGUGGAGCGGUCCCCUCACCGGCCCAUCCUUCAGGCAGGCUUGCCCGCCAACAAGACAGUGGCCCUGGGCAGCAACGUGGAGUUUAUGUGUAAGGUGUACAGUGACCCACAGCCCCACAUCCAGUGGCUGAAGCACAUCGAGGUGAACGGGAGUAAGAUUGGUCCAGACAACCUGCCUUAUGUCCAGAUCUUGAAGACUGCCGGAGUUAAUACCACCGACAAAGAGAUGGAGGUGCUUCACUUAAGGAAUGUCUCCUUUGAGGACGCGGGGGAGUAUACAUGCUUGGCGGGUAACUCUAUCGGACUCUCCCAUCACUCUGCAUGGUUGACCGUUCUGGAAGCCCUGGAAGAGCGACCAGCGGUGAUGACCUCGCCCCUGUACCUGGAGAUCAUCAUCUACUGCACAGGGGCCUUCCUCAUCUCCUGCAUGGUGGGGUCUGUCAUCAUCUACAAGAUGAAGAGCGGCACCAAAAAGAGUGACUUCCACAGCCAGAUGGCCGUGCACAAGCUGGCCAAGAGCAUCCCUCUGCGCAGACAGGUAACAGUGUCGGCUGACUCCAGCGCGUCCAUGAACUCAGGAGUCCUGCUGGUUCGGCCCUCCCGGCUCUCCUCCAGUGGAACCCCCAUGCUGGCUGGGGUCUCUGAAUACGAGCUUCCCGAAGACCCUCGCUGGGAGCUCCCUCGAGACAGACUGGUUUUAGGCAAACCCCUGGGAGAGGGCUGCUUUGGGCAGGUGGUGUUGGCCGAGGCCAUUGGGCUGGACAAGGACAAACCCAACCGUGUGACCAAAGUGGCUGUGAAGAUGCUGAAGUCGGAUGCAACAGAGAAAGACUUGUCAGACCUGAUCUCCGAGAUGGAGAUGAUGAAGAUGAUCGGGAAACACAAGAACAUCAUCAACCUGCUGGGGGCCUGCACGCAGGACGGUCCUCUCUAUGUCAUCGUGGAGUACGCCUCCAAGGGCAACCUCCGGGAGUACCUGCAGGCCCGGAGGCCGCCCGGGCUGGAAUACUGCUACAACCCCAGCCACAACCCGGAGGAGCAGCUCUCCUCCAAGGACCUGGUAUCCUGCGCCUACCAGGUGGCCCGAGGCAUGGAGUAUCUCGCCUCCAAGAAGUGCAUACACCGAGACCUGGCCGCCAGGAACGUCCUGGUGACAGAGGAUAACGUGAUGAAGAUUGCAGACUUUGGCCUCGCUCGCGACAUCCACCACAUCGACUACUAUAAAAAGACGACCAACGGCCGGCUGCCUGUGAAGUGGAUGGCGCCCGAGGCAUUGUUUGACCGGAUCUACACCCACCAGAGUGAUGUGUGGUCUUUUGGGGUGCUCCUAUGGGAGAUCUUCACUCUGGGCGGCUCCCCGUAUCCUGGUGUACCUGUGGAGGAGCUUUUCAAGCUGCUGAAAGAGGGUCAUCGUAUGGACAAGCCCAGUAACUGCACCAAUGAGCUGUACAUGAUGAUGCGAGACUGUUGGCAUGCAGUCCCCUCACAAAGACCUACCUUCAAGCAGCUGGUGGAAGACCUGGACCGCAUCGUGGCCUUGACCUCCAACCAGGAGUAUCUGGACCUGUCGAUGCCCCUGGACCAAUACUCCCCCAGCUUCCCCGACACCCGCAGCUCCACCUGCUCCUCCGGAGAGGAUUCCGUCUUCUCUCAUGAGCCCUUGCCCGAGGAGCCCUGCCUGCCCCGACACCCGGCCCAGCUUGCCAAUGGCGGACUCAAACGGCGCUGACUAGCCCCCCAGCACCCCUGUCCGGACUCCAUCCUCAGCUGCGGCCCUGCCCCCACUCCUGCUGGACUCACUGCCUUCCCUCUGCCCCUUCCUGCUGGCAGGAGCCAGCUGCCCACCUGAGGCCUUCACCCCUGAGCUCCCCUGUCGCCCCCUCCUCCUCUCAGCCUGCUGGUGACACAGAGGAGCAGGGAAGCAGGUACUCGCUGAAUGCCACUUCGUUGCCUCCCAGAUGUGGGACCAAGGCCCCUGCCCGACGCCUGGAGGGUCGGGAAGUGGAAGAUGAGCAGCACACGAGCGAGAGCCCACCGAGCUUUCCUGUGUUGGUUUUGUCUGCUCCACUGUGGCCCUGACACCGGUGUUCUGGUGGCGGGUGCCUGGUCCCCCGGCUACAGCGGUAGUCGGGGGUGGGGUGUGGGGAGGGGUGGGAAUCUGCGCUCAGGCCUCGGUUGAAGGCGACCUCUGCCCCAGAUGGAUGGUGCCAGUGGCUUAUUAAUUCCAAUACUAAUUUGCUUUGCUGACCAAAUACCUGGUACCAGAGGAUGGGGACGCAGAGGCUGGGGGCAGUGUCGUGGCCCUGGGGCCCAGCCCCAACCCGGGGGCUCUGUACAUAGCUAUGAAGAAAACACAAAGUGUAUAAAUCUGAGUAUAUAUUUACAUGUCUUUUUAAAAGGGUCGUUACCAGAGGUUUACCCAUUGGGUAAGAUGCUCCUGGCGGCUGGGAGACAUCCAUUGCUAUAUAUGAAAAACAAAGGAAAAAAAGCAAAAAAAAAAAAAAGGAAAAUGUUUUUAAAAAGGUCAUAUAUUUUUUGCUACUUUUGCUGUUUUAUUUUUUUAAAUUAUGUUCUAAACCUAUUUUCAGUUUAGGUCCCUCAAUAAAAACUGCUGCUGCUUCAUUGCUCUGCAGGCUGUGUGACGCGGAAGGGAACGUCAGCUGGGAAGAAGACAGGCUGACGGGCUGGGGUGGGGGCUGUCUGUACCGAGGGCGCAGCUUGCUGCCUGGGUCCCCUCCUCCUGUUCCUCCCCUUAGGUCCUGCCCCCAGGCCUCCGGACAAGCCUCCUACCUUUCUGAUGCUCUUGGAAAGGCAGGGACAGAAGGUGGGUGCAGUAUGGGCAGGAAGCGGAGGUCCAGGGCCAGGUCCCGAAGUCCCCCAUGACUGACCAUUUCCUGGGGGAAAUGGUGAGGCCAGGUGGGGGCUGAGCCAGGCUCAGUUGAGCCCAGGGGGUAGAGAGAAUGUGAUGAAGCAGAGAGCUAAGGAUGGUUUGACAAGAGUCUGCAGACAUUCCAGCCCAGCCCAGAGCUGCCCCUCUGUGUGGGCGUGGGUAUGGUUCCGUUGAGCACGCACUUGUCACCUGAGACUAGCUUUACCUCCAGGCCCCCUGCUUCAGGUUUCUCGUUUCCCAGACUUUCCUGUGUUCAUGCUCCUCCCCGUCCCAUUCUGCCUGUAUUCGAGUGAUCAGACCACGUGUGUUGGGCCUGUCCCCCAUCUUGGCUUCCUGUAGUUCUUUCUGUACAGACCUCAUCCCUCAGGAAAGGGUAGAAAUUCUCUUAACGAUGGUGUUUUGGCUGCUUGGAAAUUUUCUUCCCCUGCCACCUCCUGGCCCAUCACUGCCCUCGCGAGGUGGGUCCUGGCUCCUCGGAACCUUAGCGCUCAGCCUGCUAGUCAGCGGCCUCUACAUCUCAAGCUUGCUCUUUGCUGAACCCCUUCUGGGUACAAAAGAAAAAUCCUUUCCUUUUUUCUAGAGGGAGAACAGGAUUGCUCUUGAACUUUUCUUUCCGAGCUAGCUAUUUCUUGGCAGCUGCCGUGUUGGCCACUGUUGUAAAAGUUCUCUCUUCUCCUGUGUCUCUCUGUAAAUAUGCAACUGUCAACAUAGCGUGAUUCGUGUUUAUGUUUAAAGAAGGCAUUAAGUUGGUGAACAGAGCCAGAAGUGAAUUUUAGCUCUUAAAACCAUUUGCUUGAGA